GGAGAAUUUAGGCUGUGUGUCCCGUAUUUGGAAUAAGCAAGACUUAGACUACAGCUUUUCCUCUUGACGUGAAACGAGCUCCCUCUUGUAACCUUCAAGAAAAAAAGGACCCGCAGUGUUUUUACUGAGCGGCUUGUCCUUUAAAAAACUAAAUCGUCGGGGUUUGAACUGUAAAGAAAACUAAAAAAAGAAAGAAAGAGAGAGACGUUUUCCAGGACGAAGAAAUGGGAUUUAAAGAACAUAUCUGCCAGCAUUGAGUUGCGAAAACAAGAGGAUAAAUUUUUUUUUUUACACCAUUUGACUUGGAUUGGAUUAAAAAAAAAACCCAAACACACGCACACAGUCGAAGAGGAGCUAAUUUUAAUACUGGUGCAUAUGACAAGUCAGGAGGAUAAAAGAAAAAGGGGAGCAAUGAUGGCAUUUAGCUCACAGGCUAAAGAGCUACACAGCUAAAGCUUUUUAGCAAGGGCUGCUAACUAAGCCUGUGUCGCCCUUUCCAUUGCUGGAGCAGAGGAGGGGCUGCUGCUGCUGGGGCUUUGUAGCAUUGCAGAUCUGCCUUGCUUUUUGUGUGUGUGUGUGUGUGUAUGUGUGUGUGCGUGUGUGUGUGGAGGUUUUGCUGCAAGAAUAUAAUGGAGAAUCCUAAAUAUUUGCAACAGCUACAACAACUCAACGGGAUCUGCUAAAAAAAAUAAAUAAAAAAAACCCUCGCAUCGACUGCGAUUAUCUUCCAUUUUUUUCCCUUCACCCAAAAGACCUGCUGGAAAAAAAAGUGUGCUAACUAGGGGAUUGCAUCUAAACCUCUAAAAGCAGCUAGGGGGUUUGUAUAAUUGUGACUACUUCUUUUAUUUUUUGGAUAGGUAUUAUUAUAAACAAAAAUGGGGAAGUGCUGCACGUCUUACCCACCUCCUAGAUACUGGAUGUCGGUGUGAAGAUCAUGACUAGGUCGACUAUAACGCGGAUUUAACACCGGCGUCGCCCCUCUUGCUUUAAGUUUUAUUAAUUUUGAGGUACAUUCAAGGUGAGAGGAGAACUUCUUCCUUCUUGUUUUCCCCAAAACAGGCCCCUCUGCGCUAACUAACAGGCCGAGGAGGUGUUUGCUCAUCCCUCCUCCUCCACCACCACCACCACCACCUCCUCCUCCUCCUCUAUCAUCAUCAUCAUCACCAUCAUCAUCAUCAUAACUUCAGAAACCAACAAGCCCCCGGAAUAAUAAUAAUCAUCAUCAUGUCUGGAGAGGUGCGUUUGAAGAAGCUGGAGAAGCUGAUCCUGGACGGGCCAGUUCAAUCUACUGGACAGUGUCUGAGUGUGGAGACUCUGCUGGAUGUCCUGGUGUGUCUCUACGAUGAGUGCAACAACUCCCCACUCAGGAGGGAGAAAAAUGUCCUGGAGUUUUUGGACUGGGCCAAACCCUUCACCUCUAAAGUGAAGCAGAUGCGGCUGCACAAAGACGACUUCGAGAUCCUGAAGGUGAUUGGACGAGGAGCCUUCGGAGAGGUCGCAGUGGUAAAGGUGAAAAACACAGACAAGGUGUUCGCUAUGAAGAUCCUCAACAAAUGGGAGAUGCUGAAGCGAGCCGAGACGGCGUGUUUUCGGGAGGAACGAGACGUGUUGGUAAAUGGGGACUGCCAGUGGAUCACCACCCUGCACUACGCCUUCCAGGAUGACAAUAACCUGUACCUGGUGAUGGACUACUAUGUGGGUGGUGACCUGCUGACCCUGCUCAGUAAGUUUGAGGACCGGCUGCCAGAGGAGAUGGCCAGAUUCUACUUGGCUGAGAUGGUGCUGGCGAUCGACUCCAUUCACCAGCUACACUACGUCCACAGGGACAUUAAGCCCGACAACAUUUUGUUGGAUAUGAACGGCCACAUCCGCCUGGCCGACUUUGGCUCCUGUCUUAAACUCAUGGAGGAUGGAACGGUCCAGUCCUCUGUGGCGGUGGGAACCCCAGACUACAUCUCCCCAGAAAUCCUCCAGGCGAUGGAGGAUGGGAAAGGCAAGUACGGACCAGAGUGCGACUGGUGGUCCCUGGGCGUCUGCAUGUAUGAAAUGCUGUAUGGCGAGACUCCUUUCUACGCAGAGUCCCUGGUGGAAACCUACGGCAAGAUCAUGAACCACAAGGAGCGAUUCCAGUUUCCACAGCAGAUAACAGACGUUUCAGAGGAUGCAAAGGAUCUGAUUCGCCGGCUGAUUUGCAGUCGAGAGCACCGAUUGGGACAGAACGGCAUAGAGGACUUCAAGCAGCACCCGUUUUUCGUCGGCAUCGAUUGGGACAACAUCCGUAUGUGUGAGGCCCCCUACAUCCCAGAGGUCAGCAGUCCUACAGAUACCUCCAACUUUGACGUGGACGACGACUGCCUCAAGAAUUCGGAGACAAUGCCCCCUCCAUCCCACACCGCCUUCUCUGGCCACCACCUGCCCUUUGUGGGUUUUACCUACACCAGUAAAUGCACCAUUUCUGACAGGGGUUGCCUGCGACAGCUGACAGGAGAGCCGGGAAGGGCAGGGCAUGACCAGUUGGACCUGGAUGUGCAGCGCAGCCUGGAAGACAGCCUGGCCACCGAGGCCUACGAGAGGAGGAUCCGCCGCCUGGAGCAGGAGAAAGUAGAGCUGAGCCGCAAACUGCAAGAGUCAACACAGACAGUUCAAGCACUGCAGCACCCAACAGGCGAGGGCCCCGUCAGCGCUAACAAGGAGGUGGAGAUCAGGAGUCUGAAGAGCGAGAUCGACAUUCUCAAGAAGCAAAUCGCUGACUCUGGCCAACUGGAGAAGCAGCUUGAGGAUGUGACCUUGGCUCGUAGGGACUUGGAGGACUCAUCCAAACAUGUAAAGACUUUAGAGAAACAGAUGAGGAGCAUCACACAGGACAAGGAUGACAUGCAGAAGGACCUCUUGGAUGCUCACGAGAAGCUGAAGUCUCAGUCGAAAGAGCUGAAGGAAGCCCACAGCCAGAGAAAGCUCGCAAUGCAAGAGUUUUCCGAGCUCAACGAGAGACUCACAGACCUCAGGUCAUCAAAGCAGCGCCUUGCUCGCCAGUUGCGCGACAAGGAGGAGGAGAUAGAGAGUCAAACACAGAAGGUUGAGGCUCUCCGCCUCGAGGUGCGAAAGGCCGAGAGGGCCAAGAAGGAGAUGGAGGCGCAGACGGAGGAGCAGGCAGCAGAGGCGCAGAAAGAGAGGAAGCUGAGAGAGCGGAACGAGCAGUACAGCCGACAGCUGGAGGAGGAGUUGGAAGGUCUUAAGGUGAAGCAGGCUGGCUCUUCUGCUACCCCAGCAUCAGCGGACCAGUCCCAGGAGGUGGGACGCCUGCGGGGAGAUCUGGAGAAGAAAACGGUCCUUUACGAGGAAGAACUGGCACGCAGGGAAGCGCAGCAUAGCACCGAGCUGAAGGCCCUGCGUAAAGAGCUGCGGGACGCUGAGAGCCAACACCUCGCCCUGCAGAAAGAGAUCCUGAUGCUCAAAGACAAGCUGGAGAAGACUCGCAGGGAGAGCCAAAGCGAGCGGGAAGAGUUUGAGACGGAGAAUAAGCAGAAGUACGAGAGGGAAAGAGUUCUGCUUACCGAGGAAAAUAAAAAGCUGUCCAGUGAGUUGGAUAAGCUGACGAGCAUGUUUGAGAAGAUGAGCAGCUCCAACAGGCAGCUGGAGGACGAGAUGAGGGAACUGGCUGACAAAAAGGAGAGUGUGGCUCACUGGGAGGCGCAGAUCACAGAAAUCAUCCAAUGGGUGAGCGAUGAGAAGGACGCUCGAGGCUACCUGCAGGCUCUGGCCACAAAGAUGACCGAAGAGCUGGAGGGACUGAGGAACACCAGCCUGGGAGCGAGAGCCACGGACAUGCCGUGGAAGAUGCGGCGCUUUGCCAAGCUGGACAUGUCAGCCCGUUUGGAGCUGCAGUCAGCCUUGGAAGCUGAGAUCAGAGCCAAGCAAGGAAUCCAGGACGAGCUGAACAAAGUCAAGGCCAACAACAUGUCCACAGAAUGUAAACUGCAGGAGGUCGAGAUUAAAAAUCAGGAACUCCUGACUGAGAUCGACAGGUUGAAGAAGGAGACGGAGGAGUUGCGGCUACGUAGAGGUGUCAAGCACCAGGAUUCCCAGAAUUCCUUCUUGGCUUUUCUCAACGCCCCCACCUCAGCGCUCGACCAGUUUGAUCGCUCGCCGUCCGUCGGCCCAUCUAGCAAAGGCAGACGUGUGGACUCUAUGGACAACUUCACCCCCUCCAACACUCCAUCCCGGGAAGAUGACCCCAAGGCCCACCUCAAGUCCCGCUCGCGCUCACCCUCCAUGGCUAGCGAUAUGGAGCCCAUAGAGUUGAUAGACCAUCCUCCUCGCACAGUCCAGACCCCCACCAUGCGCUCAGGAGGGUACGGCAGCAUCGGCCGUUCCUCCCCUAAGCCCAAAGCACAUCAGUUCGUGGUGAAGUCAUUCAACACGCCCACUAAGUGUAACCAGUGCACUUCUCUCAUGGUGGGACUCAUACGUCAAGGUUGUACUUGUGAAGUGUGUAACUUCUCCUGCCACGUAACAUGUGCGGACAAGGCUCCAGCUGUGUGUCCCGUGCCGCAGGACCAGACGAAGGGCCCGCUUGGUAUCGACCCUCAGAGGGGUAUCGGUACCGCGUAUGAGGGUCACGUCAGGGUGCCCAAACCAACAGGGGUGAAGAAGGGUUGGCAGAGGGCGAUGGCUGUGGUGUGCGACUUCAAACUGUUCCUCUAUGAACUGGGAGAAGGAAAAGUAACACAGCCGAGUGUCGUAGUCAGCCAAGUUAUAGAUAUGAGGGACGAAGAAUUUUCAGUCAGUUCUGUUUUGGCCUCCGAUGUCAUCCACGCCAGCCGCAAAGACAUCCCGUGUAUAUUCAGAGUGACAGCGUCCCAGCUCUCUCCCUCCAGCAGCCACAAGCCCUCCAUCUUGAUCCUGGCCGACAGCGACCAGGAGAGGAACAAGUGGGUGGGUCUCCUCAACGAGCUCCACCGCAUCCUCAAGAAGAACAAGCUCAAGGAGCGAUUCGUCUACAUCCCCAAGGAGGCUUACGACUGCACGUUGCCGCUCAUCAAGACGACACAGUCUGCUGCUAUCAUAGAUCACGAGCGUGUCGCCCUUGGCAACGAGGAAGGCCUUUUUGUCAUCCAUGUCACCAAAGAUGAAAUUAUCCGGGUGGGGGACAACAAGAAGGUGCACCACAUCGACCUGAUCCUCCAGGAGCAGCUGCUGGCCGUUAUCUCCGGCAGGAACCGUCACGUCCGUCUCUUCCCCACGCAGGCCCUGGACGGCCGCGAGACCGAGUCCUACAAGCUAGCUGAGACAAAGGGCUGCCAGACCAUCGUCUCCGGCCCUGUCCGCAACGGCUCUCUCACCUGCCUCUGCGUCGCCAUGAAGAGACAAAUCAUUUGUUACGAGGUGAAUAAGAGCAAAGGACGCCACCGUCGGCUGCGGGAGCUGCAGGCCCCGGGGCCCGUCCAGUGGAUGGGUCUGCUCAGUGAGCGUCUCUAUGUGGGCUAUCAGUCUGGCUUCACCCGAUACAGCGUCCACGGCGACGUGUCCCCAGUAAACUUGCUCCACCAUGAGGACCACACACUGGCCUUCAUCCCCCAGCAGAACCUGGAGGCCCUCUGCGCCGUGGAGAUUUCCAGCAAAGAGCUGCUGCUGUGCUUCAGCUCCAUCGGGGUGUACGUUGACUCUCAGGGCCGCAGGUCACGUCAGCAGGAGCUCAUGUGGCCAGCCGUGCCCAACGCUGCCUGCUACAACGCCCCCUACCUGUCACUGUACAGUGAGAACGCUGUGGACGUGUUUGACGUGAACACCAUGGAGUGGAUUCAGACUAUCCCUCUGAAGAAGGUGCGACCUCUGAACAUUGACGGCUCUCUGAAUCUACUCGGCCUGGAGACAGUCCGUCUGAUCUACUUCAGAAACAAGAUGGCCGAAGGAGACGAGCUGGUCGUUCCGGAGACGUCAGACAACAGCAGGAAGCAGAUGGUGCGCAGCAUGAACAACAAGAGACGAUUCUCCUUCAGGGUGCCAGAGGAAGAGCGACUUCAGCAGAGGAGAGAGAUGCUACGAGAUCCAGAGAUGAGGAACAAGCUGAUCUCCAACCCCACAAACUUCAACCACGUGGCCCACAUGGGACCAGGAGACGGGAUCCAGAUCCUUAAAGACCUGCCUAUGAACGUCCGUGUUCAGGAGAGCCGCGCGGGCUUCAGCGGUUCAGUCAGCAUCCCCUCCAUCACCAAGAACCGGGCCGAGCCGGGCCGCUCCAUGAGCGCCAGCAGCGGACUGGGCAUACGCUCGUCCUCUCAGAACGGCAGUGCGCUGCGCAGGGAGCUGUCGGGGGGCAGCUACGGAUCCAAACGCCAGACCAUGACCUCUCCCUCCGAGAGCUCCCUGUCGUCUGGAGGAGGGAUGGACUGUGGUGACGCUCCGCUCUCACAGUUCGACAGAGAGUGGCAGGCAGUCUCACCGUCGGAGAAGACCCCCGAUCUGAAAAGGGCUUUAAGGACCCUGCUUAGUAAGAUGAAGGAUUCGGACUCACCGCGUCACUCCACGGCCUCCAACAGCUCCACCUUCAGCAGCCCCCCGAGUCCGGCCUCCCCACACAAGACCAAGUCCCUGUCCCUGGAGAGCACAGACCGGAUGGGCUGGGACACAUGAGUCCCCGCCACUCUUCCACUACCCCCCACCCCGCCACCAAAC